CCCCGGCGGCGUGCGGGGGCUGCAGGAAGCAGGGGCGGCGGCCGCUCGGGCCCCGGCUCGGCGGGGUGAGAGACACCCGGAAACGGAUUCCUCUUGGGUGCCCGCGCGAGGCGGGCGUCUCGCAGGGAGCGGGAGGAGCAGGCGGGCGGGCGGCUGCUGAGUAAUCCCCGCGGCGGGCGGCGGCGGCGGCGGCGGCCUGGGCGCUCACGUCCCCCGCCGCGCUGCAGCCGGCCCGGCUCCUCCCCUCUCCCCCGGCCCGCCCCGCCCCACGCCGCCCCUCCCCCGCCCCGCUCGGCUGCGCGGCACUCCGGGCAGGUAGAGCCGGGCUCCGGGCGCGCGGGGGCCGCAGCAGCUGCCGCCCCACCUCUCCUCGGCCCUGCGCACAGCCUCGCGCGCCCAUGGCCGGCUCGGAGCAGCAGCGGCCGCGGCGGCAGGACGACAGAGACUCGGCGGCGGCGGCGGCGCCCCUGCAGGACGCGGAGCUGGCCCUGGCCGGCAUAAACAUGCUGCUCAACAACGGCUUCAGGGAGUCGGACCAGCUUUUCAAACAAUACAGAAAUCAUAGCCCAUUGAUGAGUUUUGGAGCCAGCUUCGUCAGUUUUUUGAAUGCCAUGAUGACAUUUGAAGAAGAAAAAAUGCAGUUGGCCUGUGAUGACUUAAAAACUACAGAAAAGCUGUGUGAAAGUGAAGAGGCUGGAGUAAUUGAAACCAUCAAGAAUAAAAUUAAGAAGAAUGUCGAUGUCCGAAAAUCCGCCCCCUCCAUGGUUGAUCGGCUUCAGAGGCAGAUAAUCAUAGCUGACUGUCAGGUUUACCUGGCUGUGCUCUCAUUUGUAAAACAAGAAUUGUCAGCCUAUAUAAAAGGUGGGUGGAUCCUUAGGAAAGCCUGGAAGAUUUACAAUAAAUGCUAUCUGGACAUCAAUGCCCUCCAGGAGCUGUAUCAGAAGAAGCUAACUGAAGAGCCCUUGACUUCUGAUGCUGCAAAUGAUAAUCACAUUGUGGCUGAAGGGGUGUCUGAGGAGUCUCUAAACAGACUGAAAGGUGCUGUUAGCUUUGGAUAUGGCCUUUUUCACCUUUGCAUAUCCAUGGUGCCCCCCAACCUGCUCAAAAUCAUCAACCUGCUGGGUUUUCCUGGAGACCGCCUGCAAGGGCUUUCUUCACUGAUGUAUGCAAGCGAAAGUAAGGACAUGAAGGCCCCUUUAGCUACAUUAGCUCUGCUCUGGUAUCAUACUGUGGUCCGCCCAUUUUUUGCCUUGGAUGGCAGUGAUAACAAAGCAGGCCUGGAUGAAGCGAAGGAAAUUCUUCUCAAAAAAGAAGCUGCUUAUCCAAAUUCUUCCCUCUUCAUGUUUUUCAAGGGACGUAUACAACGAUUAGAGUGUCAAAUCAACAGUGCCUUGACUUCUUUCCAUACUGCUUUGGAACUUGCGAUAGAUCAGAGAGAGAUCCAGCAUGUCUGUCUGUAUGAAAUCGGUUGGUGCAGCAUGAUAGAGCUGAAUUUCAAGGAUGCAUUUGAUUCCUUUGAGAGGCUGAAAAAUGAGUCCAGGUGGUCCCAGUGCUAUUACGCCUAUUUAACUGCAGUUUGUCAGGGAGCCACCGGUGAUGUGGAUGGGGCGCAGAUAGUGUUUAAAGAAGUUCAGAAGCUCUUCAAAAGGAAAAACAAUCAGAUUGAACAAUUCUCAGUGAAAAAGGCAGAGAGGUUUCGGAAAGUAGCUCCCACCAGAGCGUUGUGUGUACUGGCCUCCAUCGAAGUGUUAUACCUGUGGAAAGCCCUCCCCAACUGCUCCUUCCCCAACCUGCAGAGGAUGAGUCAAGCUUGCCAUGAAGUGGAUGAUUCAUCUGUUGUUGGAUUAAAGUAUUUGCUUCUUGGUGCCAUACACAAAUGUCUGGGAAACUCAGAAGAUGCUGUUCAGUUCUUUCAGCGCGCUGUUAAAGAUGAGUUGUGUCGUCAGAAUAACUUAUACGUCCAGCCAUAUGCUUGCUAUGAACUUGGCUGUCUUCUGUUAGACAAACCGGAGACUGUAGCAAGAGGCAGAACUCUACUUCUUCAAGCAAAGGAGGAUUUCUCUGGCUACGACUUUGAAAACAGAUUGCAUGUCCGCAUCCAUGCUGCUCUGGCCUCCCUGAGGGAACUGGUUCCUCAGUGAUAGACUCGGACUUCCUGUUCUGUCCCUCCCUACCAGGUUCUGCACUUUAAAAUGAAAGCAGAGGACACAGCUCUUCUGGAAGCCCGAAGACCGGCUUUUCUUCUGAAAACCACCUGUGCCAGGGACACAUUUUCCCAGUUAGGCUGACAUAUUAAAGAUCUCCUCUUUUAAACGUAUAGCUAAAAAGUAAUAAUAAUGAGGAUACUAGUAAUUAUAACUAACCACCUGGGGAGAGGGUUAAGUGACCUUGUUCAAACAUUUUAGUUUUGUGAUUUAUUAUUUUUAAAAUAAAAGCAAACUAAAUAUUCCACCUGUGAUCUUCUAGGAACGCCUACCUUAAGCACACAUCCGACUGCAUAUAACACUAGGAGGCACCUGUAAAAUUAUCAACAGUAUUAUGACAUAGCAUUUAUAUUGUGUUUUGAAAAAAAAUAAAAGUGCUUUCUAGUGUUUUAUUUUAUCCUCUAACUUGUGAAUAACAUAGCACAGAUAUUCUUAUUCCCAUUGUCUAGACAAACUCAGGCACAAAAAGGCUAACUGAUCCCAAUCAAUUAUUCCUGUUAUCAGUGGAGCAGUGAAUAGAACACAGAUCUCUUGACCACAGACAGAAUAUUCUUGUAAAACAAAAUGUGUUAAUAACCCAGAAUUUCAUGUUUUCCUUAUUAAAACACAAAUGCGCUUCAGCUGAA